CCUACACGUCAACCCGUGAAGCGGCGACACUGCUAAAUUAUAUAAUUCUUGCUUGGAUAACAAAAACACACAAACACAUUCCCGAUUAUUUUUUCGCAAUUGACGGCAUCAAGAUAUUAAUUCGAAUAUUCAAUUAUUAAAUGAUACUAAAAUGACAAUUCUGUGAUGAAUGUUUGCUAACAAUCAUUCGGGAAUUCAUUCAUCGAAGUAACGAAAAAACAAACGAGCGUGAUUUAUCUUUUCCAUACGAUAUUUGUCAUCAAUCCUUUUAUCAUAUUGUACUUUAAUUUCUGAAACAAAUACAAAGUCAUUUACAAUAUGGGCAAUCUAUUAUCAUAUUUUAAAUCAUUAUUUGGUUCACGUGAAAUGCGUAUAUUGAUACUCGGUUUAGAUGGUGCCGGUAAAACGACCAUUCUUUAUAGGCUUCAAGUGGGUGAAGUUGUCACAACAAUACCAACUAUCGGUUUUAAUGUCGAACAAGUCACAUAUAAAAAUCUAAAAUUUCAAGUUUGGGAUCUUGGUGGUCAAACAUCGAUUCGGCCGUAUUGGCGUUGUUAUUAUUCAAACACUGAUGCCAUUAUCUAUGUUGUCGAUAGUAGUGAUCGUGAACGAAUAGGCAUUUCAAAACAAGAAUUAGUGUCCAUGCUCGAGGAAGAAGAAUUAAAAAAUGCCAUACUAGUAGUGUUGGCCAAUAAACAAGAUAUGGAAAAUGCAUUAUCCGUUGCCGAAGUACAUCGUGAACUUGGUCUUGAUGUAUUAAAGAAUCGAACGUUUCAAAUAUUUAAAACAUCGGCCAUUAAAGGUGAUGGCCUCGAUGAAGCGAUGGAAUGGUUAUCGAAUUCGUUGACAGCGAAUAAAUAAAUAGCCCGUUGAUGAUGGUGAUUUUAUAUUAAUAAUAAUAAUGAAAAAAAAAUAAAUGUCCCAUUUUGAUUUUCUACACCAGAUUAUACUUGAAAACAAGUGGAAAUUUUUUUUCUUUAUAAACAAAACUAAAACAUUUUGAUUGUAAUCCAUAUUUGAUUUUAU